GGAGGUCAAGUGAACAACAAGAGGUGGGCAGUGUUGUUCACAUGCAUGUCUACCAGGGCCAUCCACAUUGAGGUUGUGGAAACAAUGACUGCCUCAAGCUUCAUCAAUGCUCUCCGGAGAUUCUUUUCACUCCGUGGACCAGCCAAGCAACUCAGGUCCGACAGAGGGACCAACUUUAUUGGCGCCUGUAAUGAGCUGAAACUAUCACCACAGGAUGCCAAUAACACAAUCAAAGACUAUCUGACAGAACAGAGGUGCACCUGGGAGUUCAACCCGCCCCAUGCGUCCCACAUGGGUGGGACUUGGGAAAGAAUGAUUGGGGUUUCUCGCCGCAUUCUAGAUGCUCUACUCCUAGAUGUGAAGCGACCUCAGCUCACCCACGAAGUCUUGGUGACCUUCAUGGCAGAGGUCACAGCUAUUGUUAAUGCCAGACCCCUUGUGCCGAUUUCGACAGACCCUGAAGCUCCACUGGUCUUAACUCCAGCUAUGCUUCUUACUCAGAAAACAGGAGCUCCCCCUACAGCUCCAAACAACCUGACCAAGAAGGACGUCUUCAAGAGCCAAUGGAAGAGAGUUCAAAUACUAGCCAACAACUUUUGGACAAGAUGGCGGAAAGAAUAUCUCUGCACCCUUCAAGGUCGUCAAAAGUGGCUUGUAAAGAAAACAAAUCUCAAGGAAGGAGAUGUUGUCCUCCUGAAGGACUCCACUGCAAAGCGCAACGAGUGGCCCAUGGGACUUGUUGAGAAGACAUACCCCAGCAGGGACGGGCUUGUGCGAAAAGUGGAUGUAAAAGUUGCAAGACAUCAGGAUGUAAAGACAUUCAGCCGACCAAUCUCGGAACUGAUUCUUCUAGUGACGCCUAGUAAUGUGGACAUUUGAUUUAGUGGCAUCUCUUAAAGACGCCAGGCGGGGAGUGUAAUGGAACUUGUUUAACUUAAUGUUAUUCAAUGUUUAGUUCAUUUACUGAGGCCACCUAGUGGCAAAUGUUAUAAUUGUGUGUAUUGCUAGUUCACAAACGCCAUCUUGUGGUCACUU